UGCGCCUUUAACGCGCGCUUUUUACGCACAGCCGAGCGCACGGCACCUUUAUGUGAUCCGGGCUGUAUGCUACAGUAGCGCUCGCGUUGGCCCCCAAAACACCGUAUGUCCUCUUAAGACGCGCGUUAUCGACCACGUUAACCGGUCUGACCGACGAUCAACGCGUCCAGAAGGGAGAGAGUGCCAUUGGCCUGCGACAGCGUAGUAUUCCCCAACAAACUUUGCUAUGGGCAAAAAGUCUCGCGAAGAAGACUCCUCAUCAUCUGAUGAGGAAGAGUAUGUUGUGGAGAAGGUGCUGGACAGGAGAGUGGUGAAAGGCAGGGUCGAGUUCUUCCUGAAGUGGAAAGGAUAUUCAGAAAAACACAACACCUGGGAGCCAGAGAAGAAUCUAGGCUGUCCUGAGCUUAUUUCAGAAUUCAUGAAGACUUACAAGAAAAGCAGCAGCAGCAGUGGUGGAAGCUCCACGCCCAGCAGUGGGGGCAGCAAAUCGGUCACAACCUCCUUGGGACGCUCCAAAGAUUCCAGUAGCUCAAAGAAGAGAAGCUCUGAUGAUGAGGAGGAGGAAGAGGAGGAGGGUGGAAGUAAGCCCAAAAAGAAGAAGGAGGAUGACAUUCUAGUUGCACGCGGCUUUGAGAGAGGACUGGAGCCAGAGAAGAUCAUAGGAGCAACUGACUCAUGUGGAGACCUAAUGUUUCUUAUGAAGUGGAAAGACUCUGAUGAGGCCGAUCUUGUGCUUGCAAAGGAGGCCAAUCAUAAGUGCCCACAGAUCGUCAUAGCCUUCUAUGAGGAGCGUCUCACCUGGCAUGAGGACAGUGACAAGAAGGAGAAGGACGCGGUUACAGCAUGAGUGCAUCACCUCAGGAGGAAACCGCACCUCCUCCACUGCAGGGACAACCUUGAGUCAGACAUUUUUCACACCCAAACCUCCCAUCCUUGCUCUUCACCAUGUCCAACAAAGACAGCAAACACAGUUGUGUUAUCUCCAUCCAUGCCCCAUUGGAGCACAAAGGCCCCAGACUGCUGAGCAGGAUCCAUCAGACAGGAGGGGAAGCUGUAGCAGACAUGGGUGGCAUGCUACUGGGGAGGGUUUCUGCUGUUCUGUCUUUGUAUUCUUUACUUUCCCUUUUUCAAUGUCUUAACACAUCAUAUUUUAGUGCUUUCAGAAUACGGUUGUGUCAGUAAGGUAUGUUGGAUCCAUGAGCACAUGUGGCAAUCUGUUAAAACUCAGAACAUAGUCCAGAGUUGGGUGGGGGGGGGGGGAGCUGUGUCAACUGUGAGCUUGUCCCAUGGCAGGUGCACACCCCCCAUAAUUAACGCUGUGUUGGCAGUGCACCUCUUUGCUUUAAGAACCCUCUAACACCACUGAGGAUAAAACUGUAGUAUUACAUAUUAAGGAAGCCACCACCGCAGCGCUUUCCUGACUGCAUAAUCACUUCCUUUUAAAAACUUUUUAUCACUUGUAGACGUCUCAGUUUGUCCUCUCUACUGGGACAUAACUCAAUUUGCAAACUUGCAGAAGACCACGGCCAAUUAAGUCUUUAUAAUGUUGUGGUGAUAUCGUUGAUAAUUUUUUAAAGAAAGUCAUUUUUUUUAUCUCUUAUUUCCAAGUUUUAACAUGUGAAUGUUGUGUGGUGUUUUUUUUUUAAUUAUUUCUUUACCUUAUCACCAGUUCAAGUAAAGGACAAUAAAAUGUUUGCUCACUUCAGAACCUUUUUUUUUUGUUUGUUUUUUUAAAAUGCAGUGUUAUCUUUGGACCAGUCUCAUGUUCACAGGUUAGACAAUAGUCACUGUAUCAACAUGAAAUGAAACCAGCAUUAUUCACCAGUCACUGGGGGCUGCCACCUUGUGGCUAAAAGACAAAAGUCCUCAUGAUAAAGUGACCAAUUUCUUUGAUGACAAACCUGCAGUUUUAAUGGUGUUAUGGAUCCUGUUAGUUAGUGAUACUUCGAUAGAUUUUUUUUUUUUACAGUGUGAAAAAACCCACUCUGCAAUUAGAAUAUUUGUUGUUUACCAUUGUAUUGUUACUUUGAAACAUUAAAACCAGUUUCUGAUUUGAUGAUGCAUAUUCUGGGUUUGAUUGAGAUGAGUUAUUUGAUUAUCCUUGGCCAUAAAUAUACAACAUUUUUAGAUGGACAAUGUUGCUAACUGACAAGUGGAGGUCAAUUAUUCUACAAGAUGGAUGUGGAUUCUGUAGUUUGAUCUGCUGUGCUCCAAUAUGGACUUUUUGGACCACAUUUUUAGCGUCUACCAAGAUCUAUUUUUGUUUCCAUUUAUUUUUUUGGCUUUAAUCACCAUUAUUAAUGAAGACUGAACUUAUACAAACAACACAUACAUAAUGUCCCUCAAUUUCACUAAGAUUAUGUUUUUUGUGUAAUUUUCUCUCAUAAAAAAUAUUUUGUCCUUUCAGACCCUUGAGCUCUGUCCUCAGUUUUUGCAGGUGCAGAACUUUUUUAAAGUAGACUAUUUCUUGUGUCAUCUAAUUGUUACAAAUAUGUGUACAGUAGCACCCUUUAAUAAACAUUUUCACUGUUAAA